AUGGGUAAAGAGAAGGUUCAUAUUAACAUUGUAGUGAUUGGCCAUGUGGACUCUGGAAAGUCCACUACCACGGGUCACCUCAUCUACAAGCUUGGAGGUAUUGACAAACGUGUGAUAGAGAGAUUCGAGAAAGAAGCUGCUGAGAUGAACAAGAGGUCAUUCAAGUAUGCCUGGGAGCCUAAAUUCUUGAAGAACGGAGAUGCUGGUUUUGUGAAGAUGAUUCCCACAAAGCCCAUGGUGGUUGAAACCUUCUCUGAAUAUCCCCCACUUGGUCGUUUUGCUGUGAGAGACAUGCGUCAGACUGUGGCUGUUGGUGUCAUCAAGAGCGUGGAGAAGAAGGAUCCUACUGGAGCUAAGGUCACCAAGGCUGCACAGAAGAAGGGCAAGUGA